UCCACACAUGCUGCACCUACGCUCCUCGUUUCAACAUUGCAGCAGCUGCGCCCCAAGAGUGAGGGAGAGGUACGGACUACAACCAACUCGAACAUUGGGUCUGAACCAGUAAUCGUCAGUGCGGAUUGUGCUCUUCGUGGCAUCGUCUUGUCCCGCCUGCGGCAAACACCACAGCUGCACUUUUUCAAGAGGAGCGAGCCACGAGAGAAGAAGCGAGGUGUUCGACUUGCUGGAAGAAACGGUGGAAGCGUCCGAGUUGGAUGUCGCGUUUUGUGUGGUUGGUGUUAGCUCUGGGGUGUACCCCGGGAGCAAGGGCGGCGUCGGCCAAGGCUUCACACAGCUGCGUGGUUCUGGUGGGCGGAAAAAUCAAGGGUGAGAAUUUCUGGGGGCAGUUAGGCCAGAACGACAGCCUCGUCCGUGGAGAUGACGCCUCCGACAUGGGUGACAGUCUCCCGUACGUUCCCUUGGGGGAGUUCGAGGCCAGCUUGGUCGCCUCUGGGAGCGAGUUCAGCUGCGCCCUCGCCGUCGACGGGGCCGUCAAGUACUGGAGGCGCAACAGCGCCGGCCAGCUAGGGGUGGGCGGCAAUGAGACGAGGGGUGGGCAGGACGACGCGUUCGAGAUGUGGGACAGCCUACCCGUACUUGAUCUGGGAACCGGCGUCGCCGUGGAAAACAUCGCCCUCGCGGGCUCGCACGCAUGCGCUGUACUCGCCGACGGGAACUUAAAGUGCUGGGUGGAGAACGAGGGAAGACAGCUAGGUCGGACACGUUACAGAGAGGGAACGCCACGGGCCAGAUGGGGGACAACCUCCCGUUUGUGGACUUAGGGGACGAGGUGCUUGUCUCAUCGGUUGCUCUAGGGACGAGACACACGUGCGCUGUAGUCGGGGACGGCGACGUGAAAGCUGGGGUAAUAACGACGGUGGCCAGCUGGGUUGCGAGGAUAUGGCUGCGAGGGGCAUCGCUGUCGGUCAGAUGGGGGAAUCGCUGCCUGCGGUGGACCUUGGAACGGAGCAGAGGGCAAUCGCGGUUGCGGCCGGAUUCCUUCGACACUUGUGCGCUGCUUUACACGGGUGACAUGAAGUGCUGGGGUGAGUUGAUGAAGUGCAUGUGCGAUGCUCAUCCAGAAAAAGACAUGACCCGUCCAUCGAUACUGUCGAACGACACUGUCGGCGUUGAUGUUGUGGCAUGAAGGGGCAAGAGGAGAAUAUUCCACUAUUUUUCAGGUUGGUGCCAUUUUUCAAUAUAAAUUUAUCGGGUAUGUUUUUUGCGAUUGUGAAAAAAAAAAACUCAAGAAUUGUGAUGCCACUGCAUCGGGCCAACUACCGUACAGCACCCGCUACUUCCGCAUGUAUGUGCAUCCGCGGAAGCCUGUCGCGUGCGACGGGAGCUCCCGCGAAAGUCGUAAUGAUGGAAGUGCGGAAUAGAGGCAUAUGGACAGCCGGGGGUAACGACAAUUGAAUCGGUGGAGCCAGGACGAUGACUAUGGACGGAGUUCAGAUCGAACGCCGACGAAGCGCUCAAGCUCACCGUGCGACAAGACGUUACCCGCAAGGCCGGGCUCAAGAAACUCGGCCGCUCAGUUCUCGUGUUCGACUUCCAGCCCGCCGGCGCCAUCACCGCCACGAACAGUCCCAACAACGUCAUGGACGCGCCGGCACACGAAUCAUUCUCUCAAGCAGCAGCGGUAGACACCGCUGCACGAGCGAGCGGAGACGGGGGUGCGAGAGAAGCAGGGCCAGGAUAGGGAGAAGAAGGAAGCGGGAAAAGCAAGCGCGUCUUCCGUCUGCGUGGUUUUCGUUCACGACAAGUUCAACGGGGCUAAGCAGCUCUACGUCAGCCGAGCGCUGGCGUAGAGCGUCAAGAAGGAGUGCACCGACGGGAACCUCAACUCGUGGGUUGUUCCGCUGCCGUUCGGGCGGGCCGUGCUCAGGCUCACGAGCAAGCUGUUCGCCUCGAUCGGCUUCGAGUAUGUCAUGACCCUCGACAACGAUGACCGCGGCGGCGGCGGUGAUUGUUGUGGCACCAAUUUGUACAGGAGCACCCAAGAGCGCAAAAAAAAACGAAAUAGUCAACGCUGGACCGUCUUCGUCAUCGGCGGGCGUCGGAGUUGACGGGAGGGGAGCCCACGAGACUCCUUGGACCGUGUCUCCUUUCAGCAUAAUGUCGACUGUUUUUUUUUCUAGGAGGGCACAUGCCUCGCUUCUUGCAGUCUCAUGUUGAACAAGCUGCGGAUAGUGUUGUGAUGUUUCCUUUCCACGACGCUUGUGACUUGUGAAAUUGUUUCAACGAUGGCCAUCCUUUUUCUCCAGCCUAUGGUUGGUUACCUCGCACAGCGUGUGGAGGCAAG